AUGCCAGACUUAUUUGAUAAUUUCUUUAAUAAAAUCGGUUCAAGAAUUAAUGGUGGUAAAUCAGUUCAUCAUUAUGGUGGUGCAUCACAAGUAAAUACUGGUAAAUUUUAUAGUUAUACCAGUAGUGCAAGUAAUAAUAAUUAUUGGUUACCUAAACAACAACAUAAGGAUGAUCAAAUGACUAGUGGUGAUAUUAGAGUUGAUAGGCAAAUGAGUGUUUCUUCAAUGAGUGAAGAAGCUGAUAUGAAGAAUGUUGGUGAUAGAUCAAGAAUGAGUAGUGUUAGUGAAUAG